UCGUUAGUAACAUCGACGUUCGAGAUAUCUAUUCGGAACUUGGUGUUGAUCGCGUCCCAGUUUUUGGUCGAGUCGCAGCGAAGGCUGUUUCCAAUUCUCGCGCCUCUCUCAACAUGACCGCUAUGUACGAAACAAAGGACGAAAAGGAACGGGGCCUCGAUAAUGUCGCUUUCCAAAUAGACGAGCCUCAUAUCGUCAAAAAUGGCAGGAGAACGUAUUAUCCCGGAGGCUCGACGAGCAUCCUGGAUGUGGAGGCCAUCGAGUCAGAAAAGGAACGCGCGACAUGGAACAACAGCGUGGAAUUUCUCAUGUCGUGUAUCGCCGUGUCGGUCGGUUUUGGCAAUAUCUGGCGAUUCCCGUUCACGGCUUACGAGAACGGCGGUGGUGCCUUUCUCAUACCGUACGUGAUUUUGCUCUUUCUGGUGGGAAAACCAUUCUAUUUCCUGGAGAUGAUUAUCGGACAGUUUUCCGGCAAUUCGUCCGUCAAAGUCUGGAGCAUGUCGCCGGGUUUCAUUGGAGUCGGAUGGGCGCAGUUCUGCUCGACUGUCGCGUUAGCGACCUACUACAGCUCACUGAUGGCGUUGACAUUUUAUUAUCUGAUCGCUUCUUUUUCCGCCGAGUUACCUUGGGCUACUUGUCUAAAGGAAUGGGGCGACACAUGUGUCGACUCAAGUACAAAGAGAAAUCACAGUACAGCGGAAGGAAGCGUCGAUAUCCUCGAUAAUCUCUUAAACGGCAGCAGCAAGCAAAGCUCGGCCGAAUUAUACUUUUCACGAGUGGUUUUGCACGAAAAAGAGAGUAUCGACGAUGGAAUCGGAUGGCCGGAUUGGAAAUUGACGCUUUGCCUUCUUGCCAGCUGGGCGACGGUUUGCAUGAUACUCUUUCAAGGUGUAAAAAGCUCCGGGAGAUUUUCCUAUUUUCUUGCCAUUUUUCCGUACAUCGUGUUGAUCUCACUGCUGAUUCGCGCGGUUACAUUGGAUGGCGCGAUGAACGGGAUCCUCUACUUUAUUACCCCGAAAUGGUCGAAACUCUUGGAACCGACCGUCUGGUACGCCGCAGUAACGCAGUGUUUCUUCUCGCUUUCCGUAUGCUUCGGUAGCAUCAUUACAUACUCUUCGCACAACAGCUUCAAGCACAACAUCUACAGAGACGUGAUAAUAAUUACCUCGCUGGAUACAAUUACGAGUUUCUUGGCUGGCUGCACGAUAUUCGGGAUUCUCGGCAAUCUGGCGUACGAGUUAGGAAUAGAAGAUAUAUCCAAAGUAGUCAAAGGUGGAGCUGGUCUAGCAUUUAUAUCUUAUCCAGACGCGAUAGCAAAGAUAAAAAUUUUAUUGCAGCUAUUUGCCGUACUGUUUUUCGUAAUGAUGUUUGUCCUUGGUGUCGGUAGUGCUGUGGGAAUGAUGACUGGAAUUAUUACAGUAAUAAACGAACAAUUUCCAAAGCUGAAGACUUGGCAAAUUGUUGUUCCGACCUGUUUUCUAGGAUUCUUAAUUGGCACAGUUUAUGUAACACCAGGUGGUCAGUUUAUCCUAACUUUAGUAGAUUAUUACGGUACUUCAUUCGUCGUUUUCAUCUUGGCAUCAUUUGAGAUGACCGGAGUGAUAUGGAUAUAUGGAUUUGAAAACUUUUUGGAGGAUUUGGAAUUUAUGCUGGACCGACAACCGAGCAUCUAUUGGAGGAUAUGUUGGUUUAUAGUUACGCCAUUGAUUUUAAUAGCGAUCUUUAUUUAUACAGUAGUUACUUUGUCGCCUUUAACUUAUGGUGGAAGAUUAUUGCCGGAAUCUGCACAUGCCGCCGGAUGGACGAUACUUUGCAUAGGUGUUCUUCAGAUACCGCUAUGGAUGCUGAUUGCGAUGCUGAAGAAUCGAAAAUUGCCGCUCGCGCAGAUGUUGAAGAGAGGUUUCGUACCUGCGAACGGAUGGGGUCCACGAGAAGUGCAGCAGUGCAAAGAUUGGAAAAUCUUCAAGGAGGAGAGAGCAAGAGCUCGAGAGAAGCGAAUUCAGCCAAUCUGGAAACAGAUACUUUACAUUCUUUUAAACAUGGAACCAAAGUAGAACGUACAAUUUUAUAUAUACUAUACGAAUUUGUACAGUCGUUUCUGCCGUGACAGGAUCCCCAUGGCAGGAUUGAGAGAGAUUUAAUUUCUCAACUAUGCACAUGAAAAUUAUUGUACUUUAUAUUUAUUUCACGUCGCGACAAGAUUGCCAGAUGAUAAUUUUAUACAGGUUUCAUAAGGUCAUUAAAUUGAAAGAAAUAUCACUUUAUACAAUACAUAUAUUUAAUAUAAUAUAUUAGAUAAUUCCCCAUGCAGUUGUGUUCAGUAAUACUGUAGUUAGAAAGCCAAUAUACAUACGUAGUUGGCUUCAUUAACGCGCGCUUUCGUAUAAAUUCAUUUCCGUUUGUAUAUAUAAUAUUACAUGCACUAUGUGUAACGUCCAAUUCGCAAUAAAGAGCUGCGAUAUAGUUUUGAAAU